UCGAUCGAGAAGUGAGUCUUGUGUUUCCUUGUUUUUGAACUGCGAAUAAACUUCGCAGAAUCGAGAUCUUUUUGACAAUAUGACGCUAGGUGGAGCUGGAGACGAUGUCACUCAAAGGAAGAAGAUUCUUGCAGAAAAACUCUCAAAGGAACAAGCUAAUUUGUCCUUCCUGAAAGAGAGUCUGACUAAAAGUGAACAGUUAACACAAAAUAUGCUGGGCAUUUUGUCGUCAUUUGAUAGUCGUUUGAGCAAGCUGGAAGGAAAUAUACUGCCUGUUCACCGUGAAACUGUCGACCUGCAGAGGAGACAGAAAAAUAUCGACAAAGUGUUACGUGGAUUGGAUAACGUUAUUAGUUAUCAUAAUGUUGCCUCAAGUGAAGAUCAAGAUAUCAGAGAUGGACCCGGGACAGACGUUGAUAGCUAUUUGAGAAGUUUAGAGAAAGUACAAGAUGCCAUUGAAUUCUUUGAAAUAAAUAAUCCAAAUAGCCCCGAGUUAUCUCUCUUGACAUCAUUGAUGGAGACCGGACGAGAACAAAUGGAAAGAUCUUUUCGAAAUCUAUUAACUCGAAGCAGCAGUCCAGUUUCGGCGACAACUCUGUUGGAUAUAUUGAGCGCAGGAGAAGACCUACAAGAAGGUGAUGCUGAACCUCAACUGAAGCAAAUAAAUGAUGAAGUGAUCGAGGAUUUGAGUAAGAUUGCCACUUGGCUGGUGAACGAAACGAAAAGUAAUGAUUUCAUGAAUGUGUAUGCUCAAAUACGAUCCAGUAUGCUUAGCAGAACAUUGCAAGGGUUAAUCGAAGCACAUUCACAAGGAAAAAUAGAAAGUUACUCACCAGCGAAUAUUAUGAUAAGUCCCAAGAUCAAGUCCAGCACAGGUUCAACUCCGCAAAGAAAAUCUACGUUGAAAAGAAGUGUCGUUCGUCGAGUGCCAUCGAAAACCUUUGAAUAUGGAGGAAGUCGAAAAAUUGGAGCUCCCGCGUCAACGUUUGAUUCUCCCGGUCUAAAGGAAGAUGAGGAUGAAAUUGAGGCUGGUCGCUUCGUCACGCUUUGUGGAGCCCUUCUAAAAUUGUUACAGAGUGAACAGAGUCUCAUCAAUGUGAUCAUUCCUCAAAGCCACCGGGCUGAUAUAUUUGAUGUGUUGAUUCAAAGUUCCAUGGAAGUUCUUGCCUUUGAUGGCGAGUGUAUGGCAAACUCUGCUCGUCGACUCAUUGCAAAAAGAGAAUAUUUCUCGUUGCUCCCGUUGUUGCCUGUUUUGAAGUACCUUGGGUCAGUUCUCAUCAAGUUUUCAAGCGUUCUCCAGGAUGUUCGUCAGGCAACCCAAGCCACAGUCACAAAUCUAUUUAUGAACUUGGAAGUUGUGGGCGCUAAAGCACUGGAAGAUUUCACUGAGAAUAUCAAGCACGACCCGGACAAGCAAUCAAAUAUGCCCAAAGAUGGUACAGUCCACGAACUCACCAGUAAUACGCUGAUAUUUUUGGAGCAUUUACUGGGCUAUACUGAUACCGUCGGGAACAUGCUCAAUUCAAAAGAACAAGUGAUCGAUCCGACGACCAACGAUGUUGAGUCGCCAAAAAGAACUGUGGCGAAAUAUAUCUUUCGAGUACUCGCUGCUCUUGGAUUAAAUCUUGAACUCAAAUCCAAAAGUUACGUUCAUAUCGUUGGACAAGUCGCUUUAUCGGGAAUAUUCUUACUCAAUAACUACAACUACAUUCUGAAAGGAUUACAAAGAACUGGCGUGCUUUUGUUGAUGACCGAAGGAGGCUUUACUAAGAUUGAGACACAAUACAUCACUCUCAUUAAAGAGCAGAAAAUUACGUACCAGAAGGGUUGGUCGAAAGUCAUGAACUGCCUUCUCGAAAUGGACAAGCCAUAUACUCAAAGCAAAGACGCAAAGGUUGGUCAAAAACAAAAGCAACUUAUCAAAGAUAAGUUCAAAGGUUUUAACAGCGAGUUUGAAGAGAUAUGUCAAACACAAAAAACUUAUGCCGUACCUGACGAAAAUCUGAGGGAUGAACUACGCCAGGAAAAUAUCGAUUUGAUUGUAAAUAAUUAUCGUUCCUUUCAAGAAAAGUACACGGCCAUUCAAUUCACAAAGAACGUCGAAAAAUACGUCAAGUACACGCCAGAAGACGUUAAAAAACAACUGUCAACGUUGUUCGAUUUAUCUGCCUAAAUUUUCACCUGAAUUUUUUUCAUUCUUUAAAUCGGAAAUUUCAGUAGUGAGUAUGCUCUGAUUUUGGUGUCCAAACCGAUAAGAGGAACUCUAAGGGUUGGUUUUUGAAACUACGGAAGUUAAUUUCUGUUCAAUGCUGAGGAUGAUAUUUGGCCUAAUGUUUAUUUUGGUUGCAACUUCCUGCCUGAGUUAUGUCUGAUGGUUUUCACGAUUUUAGUGAUACUUUUCCUGGGGGACCGGUGGAUAAUACAUAGAUUAAUUAUGGAAAAUCAAAGAAACAACAAAUUUUAAGAAUAGUAAUUUGAUAAACAGAGACUGAUCAUAUUAUAAUUUUCCAUAGCUAGACCGCUUGUUCCGGGGAGGGAUAUAGUCAUAUAUUCAUGUUUACAUACCGUUGGAAUUAUCGCUUUCACUGAUUAAUCAGUCGGGCAUGAGACGAAAAUACGAUUACCCCCACCGCCCAAACAAGCUUCUAGCUAGUACUGGAUUUGGACAUCGCGAUAAAUUUCUAUAUUUUUAUCUUCUACGGUCUUUCAAUCCUGCCGACCAAAACUCUGCUGGUUAAAUAUUUUCAUUUUCAAAAUAUUCCUCUGAAAUAUAGAAUUUUCUCCAGUUGUUGUAUUAUAAGAAUUGAAACUAAGGAGAGUGACAAGAGUCAAGAAACCCAUUGUCUGGAGCCGCAUUAAGACCCUAAUCUUCAGCUCUGUAAACCGCUGCCACAUUUGAGUCAUUGAGCCCGCUGGAAUUCGUCGCAAGACGCAAGUGCUUCCAAUAUAAAACGCCCGGAAAUUACUGACGUGUUUGUGACUCAGCGCUUCAUGAAUGCGAUUUCAAAUACCCCCACAAAGAUUUCCCCUUUUUCCUGCCGAAUCCUACUUAAAUUAAUUUAGUCAUCUCAAUAAUUCAAUUCACAGCAGUUUUAGACAGUUUUCAUUUAUUUCGCAUGGAAUAACAAAGUUACCCGCCAGCUUUAGCAUGCACUCGAUUUUUCGUGCGAUUUUUUAUCCUUUGGCAGAUGCAAACGAGCGAUCAGUUAUGCUCUGACGUAACAGUUAUGCUCUGACGUAAAUGCGCCCACAUUUUAACAUCCGUAGCCUGUCCACACGUUCGGAUUUACCAAAAGAAGAAAAUCGCAUCUAAAAUCCAGCCAAAACUACAAACGUGGUGUAUUAUAAAGCAGGCUCUUUGAUUAUUGAUGUUCCUCAGAUUUUCGUGUUGUGGCCGAGAUUUGAAGAUUUAAUUUCCGGGUAUUGUUAAAUUUAUAAUAUCAGCUCUGCUACGGGUUAUUGGGCACUAAGUACCACCAGGAAGACACGGGCAGAUGUCUCAUCUUACGAGGGGAUUUUGAUAUUUUUGGUGCGGCUUCCCUUGAACUGCGAUAGAAUCUUGACAACACUCCAGGAACCUAUUACCGCACGCAACAAACAACAGCUUAAACACGCUCGAGAAUUGAGGCUGAAUUUGAGUGCGUGGAAAAGGUUUGGGAAAAAAGUCACCAGGAUGUGGUACAUUGUCGUAUUCGGGUUGUCUGUAAUCCCCUCUCUAACGUCUGUGGAAAGUAUUUAGAAGAACUGUUCAAUGACAGUUUUGGUCCAUACUCAAUUCCCCUAUAGCACAAUAUAGCAAUUAUUGUAAAAAAGAUCCCAUUUCCUUUAAUUAUGAUACAGUGAUAUCCGCCCAUGUUUUAUAAACACUCACUCAUUAUAUAUUUUGUCUUGUAAAGUAAUUAUGCCAAGGACUGAUUUGGAAAAAAAUGUUUUGAUUCGCAAAGUUCACCAUGGUGGGUUUAGUAUAUAGAUAAUUCAUAGUGCAAUGCAUAGAUCUCGGAAAAUCUCUUUAAUUUUCUAACCAAUGUACUA